AUGCUAAAUCUCGCCAUCGUCCAACCGACGGUUGUUGGCAACGGUUGGCAACCGUAUUGUACUGUACCCUUCAAGGGUAGUAACUGCCACACCUCACAGCCUCACCUCAACUACCGACAUUCCGGAGUGAAUUGCCCCGCAUUGUUCUCAUCUCAUUCCAUCUUCAGCUUCAACACCAUGACGGCCCCCCCCGACGCCCCCGACCUUCGACCAUUGCUAGACCUCGGGGUUGCUUUCAGUGCCUCCCGCGUUUUGCUGACGGCGGUCGAACUGGAUCUAUUCACACUGCUCUCCCGUGGUCCUUUGACAGCCUCUGAAAUCGCAACCGCCCUAAAACUCCAUCAGCCAGCGGUCCCAGAUUUUGCGGACGCUCUUCUCUCCCUCAACAUGCUCACUCGUGAAGGAGACGGUCCUGAGGCACGGUACUCGAACGGGCCCCUGCCAGCUUACUACCUGGUCAAGGGCACUCCAACGUACAAAGGUGGCUUCUUCGAAAUGUGUGCUAUCCGUCUGUAUCAGUACUGGGGUCAUUUCACAGAGGCUCUCCAAACUGGCCGUUGUCAGAAUGAAUCACAUCCAAGAAAUGCUGGAGCGAAGGAUGUCUGGUCUUCCAUUUUUGGAACAGAUGAGAAGCUUGAGGAAUUCAUGCAAGCCAUGGGUGCGCUCACCAACGACGCGCAGCGCGAACUUGCAAAAAAAAUGGACUGGGGCACGGUAUCUUCCCAUCUCGAUUUGGGAGGUGCACUCGGCCUUCUGUCGUGUGAAGUCGUUUCAGCUAAUCCACAUGUGAAGUCUACCACCCUAGAUCUAGAACGUGUAUCCAAACUUGCCCGAAAAAACAUUGCGAGACGAGGUCUAACCGAUAAGAUCAGUAUUGCGUCAGGCUCCUUCUGGGACUGGCCGUUUACCAAGGCAGAUGUAAUCACAAUGGGGCUAAUCCUUCACGAUUACGACCUUGAGAAGAAGAUGGUUCUUCUGCGAAAGGCAUAUGAUGCACUCAAUCCUGGUGGCCGUUUGGUAGCGAUAGACCAUCUGAUCGAAGAUGACAGAAGGGGAAGCGUACCUGCUCUCCUGAUGUCACUCAACAUGCUUGUUGACCAGGAAGGUGGAUUUGAUUUCACAAGCCGCGACUUCGAUGGAUGGGUGAAAGAGGUAGGGUUUGAUCAUAGUGAGAAAAUUGAGUUGGUCCCCCCUCUAAACGCGGUCAUUGCCUACAAGAAAGGAUCCUGAACGAGGUUGGUAAAAGAAAGUUACGUUGUGUGCAGCAGCCCAUCCAUUCCACAUCGUUUCUAUUCAAUCCAAGGGGUAUAUCUGGGAACAACGUAGAGAUUGCGCAGCACUCUGAAUUUCUGAGGACAAUCUGAUACAGAGUGGGUGCAUCCAGAAAAUAGCACUCUAACACUUUACCAUUGUAUGAUAGUUUCAAAAAUUGAUUGUCCCCACCACUCUUG